CUUUCAGAGGGCGGGACUUCUCGGAAUACGGGUACAGGAAAAGGAGUAGCUGUCGGUGCGCUUGGAAACUGAUCACUUAGUAUAGAUGUAGCGAUUAAAUAAGGAAGAAAAAAAAAACAGCACAGAGAAAGGAAAAAGGUCGUAUUGAUAUCCCAGUUAGGAAUUUAUAGGCAAUUCUUUUUCAGACUGAUUGAAGAGAAGCUAGGCAGCUAACAUUCACGCGCUUAGCCGCUCACGAGAUUUGAGAAUCUCAUCGAACCCGUGUUCAGCUCCGUUUAUCGCCGGCUUUUUCAGCACACGUUAUUUCUCUCAACACGAGUCUGGGUUGGAUCUCUGAAUCAGGAGACACCGACGGAAGUCUGACGCAUUGAGAAGAGGAGAAGAGGCGUGUGAAGGUGCAGAGAUGACCGGGAAAUCAGUGAAAGAUGUUGACCGUUAUCAGGCGGUGCUCUCAUCCCUGCUCGCGCUGGAGGAAAACAAGUUCUGCGCAGACUGUCGAGCUAAAGGUCCCAGAUGGGCAUCAUGGAAUUUGGGGAUCUUCAUCUGUAUCCGCUGUGCAGGAAUCCACCGGAAUCUCGGCGUUCACAUAUCCCGAGUCAAAUCUGUCAACCUGGACCAAUGGACACAGGAACAAAUUCUGUGUAUGCAGGAGAUGGGAAACGCCAAGGCACGGCGCCUCUACGAGGCCUUUUUACCUGAGUGCUUCCAGCGUCCAGAGACAGACCAAUCAGCUGAAAUCUUCAUCCGAGACAAAUACGAAAAAAAGAAAUAUAUGGACAAAUGUAUUGACAUCCAAGCCUUUCGAAAAGAGAAGAGUGAGACUGUAACAAAAGAGCCACCUGUUGUUUUUGAGAAGAUGAAGCCGAAGAAAGAAGAGCCUCAGCAAUACAAGAUUAGUCCAAAGAAGCAGUCACAGUCAGUAAAUGAUCUAUUAGGACUAGAUGCUCCUGUCGCUUCGGCUCCUGUAGCCAAUGGCAGCGCCAGUCCAGAGCAAAGUCUUUCGCUGGAUCUGUUCAGUUCCCUGCCUACAGCCACCUCACAUUCAGCCAGGAGCACACCUGGCUCCAGUUCUGUGUCCAGCUCCAUACCUAAAGGCCGGGCCGCAGCAUCGGUACCGGAGAACCUGAGCCUCUUUCUGGACCCACCAAGCAAAAAUGAAGAAAGCAGCAAAAAGAUGUCCAAAGACUCCAUCCUGUCACUGUACAGCAGUGUAACACCUCAGACCAACAUGGCUGCUAAUGCCGGUAUGUACAUGGGAGCAGCUCAAAUGGGAUAUGCACCUGCACCUGGCUAUGGGCACUACCAGGCUCUGGCCGCACAGCAGGGAAUGAUGGGAACCAUGAUGCCCCCACAGGUGAACAUGCUGGGACAGCCAGGUGUCAUAGCACCAACAGGAGUGGCCACUCCAUCGCCAUAUAUGGCAGGUGUACAUGGGGGAAUGAUGGGAGUGCAAGGGGGCAUACAGGGGGGCAUGAUGGGAGGCGUUGGGGCGCUGCCACAGCAGGCGUACGCAGUGCAACAGCCUCAGCAGCUACAGUGGAACGUCGCUCAGAUGACCCAACAAGUGGCCGGUAUGAACUUUUACGGCCAGAACCGCAUGACUGGAUACGGACAGCCCAUGGGCGGAGCCUCAGCUCCCAGCACUAAUCAGACGCUCGGCUCUCACGUAUGGAAGUGAAAGCAUGCAGGGUCGAUUUGGGAGCAUCGCAAUAAACUGUAAAAGGGAACGAGGGAGGCUUUUACAUACUCUUCAUCGAACAUUCCUUCAGCAGUGAAGGGGAAUUGUUAUUUUUCGAGGAUCGACCUCAAGAGGAAGAGUUUCUACCUCCUGUGUUUUUCAUAGCCAUUUCUUUGAAUCCUAAGACCAGAAGUGAUAUGGUCCCAGGAGUCCAGCAUCUCUCGCUCCUCUCUUUCAUAGCAGCUACACCCAAAACACAGCAGCGCUCCUGAGCUCCAACCUAAACCCCCCACCCCCAGCGUCCUUCGCUUCCUCAGACGAGUAGUAGCUGCGAAGUUUUGUUUGCAUGUAGGUUCUGAGAUUUUAAUCUGGUCUUGCGUGUUCUUUUAUUUCACCGCCAUUCCACGUUCCCUAGUGGUAAGCACUUAAUAAACCCGCAUGCACCGUUUGCUAAGCUACAUGCAUAAAAUGACAAGGAGAGAUGUCAAGGCGUAUUUGUUAAGCAUAUACCUAAGUAAUGUGAUGCUGCUGUUUUGGUCCAGGUGUUCCUGUUGGUUUUUUGUUUGUUUGUGUGUAUUUUCCCGGCUGCUUUGGAUCUUGAAGUCUCUAUCAGCUGAAUUUUAUGUACCUUUUCUCUGUGUGAUCUAGGGUACUGUGAUGGAGCUGUAGUCCUGCUACUCUCCUCCUUCCCACUCAGGAGGGAAAUGUAAGAGAAACCAUAGCCAAAGAAUGCAGAGUUAUCCAUUUCGGUAAAGAGUUUAUAACCGAUUGUUUGAAGGUUUUUUUUCUGGUGACGAGCUAUUGAUUAGUCCUGUGAUCUAUAAAUGUAUAUCUGAUGUAUGUAUAUGCGAUCGCCUCAAGCACUCAAUGCCACAUUUGAUUGUAUAAACAGAGCACUAUUUUUUCUUUUUUCUUUUCACUGUAUAUAGGGUGCUCUCCAACUGAUGAGGGUCAGACUUAAUGUGACUAAACAGCAGGGUUUUAAUCGUUUAAACCAUACCUCUCGGCUUCAGUCUGUACAGAGACCAAAUGAAUGUUUCUCACUCACCACUCGCACCCUGUGCAUCAGAUGGUACAGAUUUCAACAUGAAUGUGGUAAGGUUGUUAAAUCAGAUUGGGCAAUAUUCCUUAAUAGCUUCCACUGUGCUACACAAAGCAAAAAAGGGUUUGUUUUUUUUCCCCCCUAGAUAUUAUUGUAACAAAACAUAUCUCAUGCUGUUUUUCGUUCUUAGUUGAGGUCACACAUCUCUGUGGCUGACCGCUGUGUAAUAUUGAAUGUUUUUUUAAGCAUUCAUUUUAUUUCUGCACCUAAAUGUGAAACCUUAUAUACAUAUAUAUAUUCUAUAUAUUCACAUUCCAUGCUAUAGUUUUUGUCCAAACAUCUUGAAUAUUUCACUUCCUCAUAAUCAAGACAUUCUUAAAUAAAAUAUCCAAACAUAAUUAAUCAGUAUAAUCAUGUAUUCUUCAGUGGCUUCCGAGAAUAAUUUCAUUUUAAAAAAGUUUUGGUUCUACUUUACCCACAAUGCUAGUCCUCAACCUGCCAAUAGUGAGACCGCUACCUAAAAAUAGUAGUGCGGCAGCGCUUGAGUCCUUUAAGACCAUCCAUCUCUCUCUCACUUCCUCAUCUGUACAGUCUGUUCAAACAGAACAUCGGCCUGCAGAAGCCGAGUCUGUGCCGUAACUCGUAACACACACGUGUUGUAUAGCUGCAUUGUGUUUUGGGUCCAAAUUUUGCUGUCCCCACUAAUACUACGCUGGAUUUCACAUUAUCGCUGGAAAGUGCAACCGCUGACCUCAUUAGCAUAAUGCUUAGCGCUAAUCAACAGCAGAAAAACUCAUCGAGUAUUUCAGUGGAAACAUAUUUAAUGUGUUUCAGGGUGGAGUCACUUUGUUAAACAUGCAUGCAUGUCUGACUGAAGAAUCUAACAUUUUACCCAACAAUAUUUUUAAAGUUACUAGGAGGAAAAACUAUAGAUUGAUCAUUUGAAAUGAUCCCAAGCAAACUGCAUUGCUACAAAACCCAAAAAGUGACACUUCAACUGUUCGUGCUGUUUAAUUGUGUUGUGGAUGGCUGUUAAGCACAGGAGAGAAAACGUACAUUCCUCUGUGUAAAACGAACCAUAAAGCAAUACCGGAUUAGCAACAAAGCAUGGAGUACGCUGUUUCAUCAACGAUAGAAAUUAAAGCGCCGUCAGCGUUACUGUGGUAUCGUGUAGGCUGAAUAUUAUUAACAUGCACAUACAACACACACAGGCUUUUUCUCGUUCACCUUCGAUAACCUGCGAGAAUUGUUUUGUUCAUGGCAAAAAAUUUUUUGAAAUGCUUGUAUUAAAGGUUCCUGAGCAGUGCAUGUGGCCUCAUGGUUGGACAGAAUCAGUCUGAGGUAUGACCUUUUCCUCUUUAGUGUUCUGGUGCUAAUGUUUGUUCGGACUGUGUGACCGGAAGGACAGAGGAUGAUUCCGGAUGUGUGGAUUUUCAGUACCAGAGCGAAGCAAAGUUUAAUCAUCAAGGUUCAGCGUUAUGAAUGCAUAUAUUUGUGGAUAAACUGAAUGAUUAAUGCUUAAUCAUGUCUGCUUCCUUUUGAUAUGUUUUAGGGUUUUCAAAAUGUGUAUAUUAUGAAGGCUGAAUUAAAGAAUAACGUAAUAAAGAAAUGUAUUUUAUCCUCA